UCACUCAUCACUGUCAUAAACCCUAGCCGCUUUCUCUCCAAAACCCUAAUACAUCCAAGGUUUUUUUGAACUUGAACAAGUGGAAUGGCUUUCUACAACAGAAUUGGAAGUCUCAUGAGGCAAAGUAUUUCUCACAACAUUGUGUCAAAUGGGCUAGUAACAGGACCGUCGAUGUUCAAUGCGAUUCGCUGCAUGUCAUCUAAGCUUUUUAUUGGUGGUCUUUCUUAUCAGACUGAUGAACACUCAUUGAAGGAAGCAUUUUCUGGAUUUGGGGAUGUCGUUGAAGCAAGAGUUAUUACCGACAGAGAGUCGGGGAGGUCGAGGGGAUUUGGUUUCAUUAGCUACACCAGCGAUGAUUCAGCCAAAGAAGCAAUGACAUCCAUGGAUGGACAGGAAUUGGACGGUCGAAGCAUUCGUGUUAGUCUUGCCACCGAGCGUGCUCCUCGUACUGGCGGUUUUGGUGGUGGUGGUUAUAACCGUGCUGGAAACGAUCAGUAUUAGGUGCAUUACACAUAGGCAAUAACAAAGUUGGUUCUUGUACUACGAACGCAAGAUUAUUGAUAUUGUUCCUUUUUCCAAUGGAUUUAAUGAACCGUUUAACCUCUAUCGUGAAGUGUUUC